CCCUCAUUGGCUAGCGGCGAAAUUUGAAAUGCUAGGCGCUCAUUGCAGCUGUGUGGCUGCGGAAGGAUGUGGACAAAGAUACGACAAACUGCUCUCUAAAGAAAGUAAAGGGGAAAAAAGCACAGCGCUAAACAUCACCGCAAGGUUUUUGCUGUCUUCUUUCGCUACUGAAACGGGUGUCUUGGUAUAGAACAUAACACAAUGGAGACGGCUGUGCUGAGCCUCCAGAGCUUAUAUGAUAAGCUGAGGAUGCAAGUUGACCUCCUCAAUGAGAACAUUGAACCCAACUUCAUCCAGAUGGCACAAAACUUUGAUGAAUGUCGUCGUAAAUGGCUAUGGACUGAGCAGGAACUGGGAUCCUGCAAAGAGGCCCUCACCAAAACAGAGACGGAGAGGGGAGCCUUGGAAGUCAAACUGAAACAUGCCCGCAACCAGGUAGACGUGGAGAUCCGGCGCAGACAAAAGGCUGAGGCUGACUGUGAGAAGCUGGACCGUCAGAUUCAGUUGAUCCGGGACCUCUUGACCAGUGAGGCAUCCACAAACAGCAUCCAGCUGAGUGCAGAGCAGCGCUCAGCUUUGGCCUUCCUGAGCACAAACUCGCAGGCAGCAGCCAACCUGAAUACCAGCCGAAGACUGACGACGAUAGAUGAGUCUGCUUCCAUCUUGUCAGAUAUCAGCUAUGACAAAACUGAUGACUCACUUGACUGGGACUCCUCCACCGUGAGGACGGUGCGGCUGAAGAAGCGAGAAAAACGGCGCUCCUCGAGAAAUCACGUUGAUGGUCCUCCACUCACUGCCAAGCGGUCUCGAUCAACAGGCAGAACUUCAGAGGCGGGAAAUGAGACCCUCGUGACAAAGACCACCGUGACAGUCCCAGUGAAUGGAGGACCUGUUGAGGCAGUUUCCACCAUUGAGACUGUGCCUUACUGGACUCGCAGCAGGAGAAAGACUGCUGCCAUGGACUGGGACUCUGAAUCUGUCAAGUCUGAGGAUGUCUUCAAGCAGCCUGGCAACCCUGAGGGGGAGAUGAAAAUGCAACCCAGCACACCGCAGAGCCAAGGGGGUGUCCGUCAUCAUGAGUUUGUCUCCAAAACUGUCAUUAAGCCUGAAUCGUGCGUACCCUGCGGAAAGAGGAUCAAGUUUGGCAAGAUUUCACUGAAGUGCCGCGACUGCAGGGUGGUCUCGCACCCCGAAUGUCGCGAGCGUUGCCCUCUGCCGUGCAUCCCCAACCUGUGUGGCACACCGGUCAAAAUCGGGGAGGGUGUGCUUGCAGACUAUGUCCCUGACACAGCGCCCAUGAUUCCGUCUCUUGUAGUCCACUGUAUCAGCGAGAUCGAGCAAAGGGGCCUGCAUGAGGCUGGACUGUACCGUCUGUCCGGCGCUGAUCGCACGGUGAAGGAGUUGAAGGAGAAGUUUCUCCGAGGCAAAACUGUUCCCGUGCUCAGCAAGGUGGACGAUAUCCACGCCAUCACUGGCCUCCUCAAGGACUUCCUGAGGAACCUCAAGGAGCCUCUGCUCACCUUUGGCCUCAACCGUCCUUUCAUGGAGGCAGCCGAGGUUUCAGACGACGACAACAGCAUAGCUCUGAUGUACCAAACCAUCAGUGACCUGCCACAGCCAAACAGAGACACGCUGGCAUUCUUAGUCCUGCAUCUUCAGAGAGUUGCUGGCAGUGUGGACACUCGGAUGGACAUCAGUAAUCUGGCUCGAGUGUUUGGUCCGACUAUUGUGGGCCAUGCAGUUGCCAACCCUGACCCUAUGACAAUCCUACAGGACACCAAACGACAGCCUAAGGUCGUGGAGCGCCUGUUGGCUCUGCCUGCAGAUUACUGGGGCCAGUUUGUGAUGGCAGGAAAUGAGCAGCCGAACUUGAAUCACCUGAUCAUCGAGAACGCAAACUGCUAUGCCACCCCCGAGAGAAUGAGUAUGCUGGGACCUCUGACCACUCCGGAGCACCAGCUCAAUAAAACCCCCUCCUCCAGCUCCUUGUCUCAGCGCAUGAAGUCCACCUUGACACCCAGAUUUGGAAGCAAGAGCAAAUCCGUGGUCGACUUUUCUCGCCAAGGAAAAUUCUUUGCUUCGCCACUCCUCAAAUAAUCCAAAGCAGCUAAAUUUAACCUUUUGCUAAUACUGCAGUAACAGCCAAUACAUUUUUGCAUUUUGUGCUUAACACAUAACAUGGUACUGCUUUGAUAUUAGCUACAAAUUGCUCCAUCUUAAGUCUUCUUACGUAUUAUCGUUUUAAUAUUUCACCAUGGUUAGAGUUGUAUUUUGAUUAUUUUUAUGUGUUUGUAAAAUGAUUAUUUUUGUAAUCAAAUGGUAGGUUUUUCUAUCUAUGCACACUUGUCUGUUUAACAAAACCUUCUCAUUCACCUCGUAACACAUGAAAAUGUGCUGCAUAUUUACUCCUUCAUAUUAAAAAAAAAAGUGUGCCUAGGUGAACAUUUGUACAGGAAUAUGCAGUUUUAUAGUGACCUGCUAUUGUGUUUUAAUCAUUUCUUUUGGCAGUUUUUCAGCUCAUGUGUCACUCAGAGGUUGAAAAAACUGAUUCUUAGGCAUUUCAUUCUAGGAUGUAAUUGGAUGUGUGACAUUAUUUUUUAGUUUCAGUGUUUGUAUUUCAUUUCUAUCAAGUUUUGAUUGUCUUCAUCCCCCAGUGAAUUGUGCAGUAAAUGUUAAGCUCUCACACUGUCCUGUCUUUUUCCUACUGUAACUACAGACAGUGGUGCUAAGACCUCAGAUCCCAUCUUUCUCAUUGGCCAGAUCUUCUCAGUCGUCACUUGCAAACAUGACUGAGUGUGACGCUUUUGGUGACUGGCAUUAAUCACUUGAAAAAGUGGACGAUUCUUUUUGAGAAUCUUUAGUGCUGUUGUGUUUUCCGGUAGAUCCUGCACUGCCAGUAGAACAUUGUUCACUGAUUUGUGAUGGGUUGUAAUCUUUGUCUGAUCAUUUUUUGCUCCAGUGUUUAUUGCUCUGUGUAAUGUUUGUUCUGUGGGAGGUGACUUAUGAGAAAUCUGAUGCAAAUGGUAAUUACUUUGUGCGAUUGGCCAGUUCAGUUGCUGUGGCAUUGUUAAACUUUUAGGACAACUUCUGUACACAAAUACACAAACUGAAAUUCAUGUAACUUAUAAAAUACAUUUCUAACCUUU